AUGUUAAUUAUGUCCAUUUGUAGUGUAGACCUCUUCACUGUGCUAAUAUUAUAUGAUAAUUAUGUCCAUUUGUAGUGUAGACCUCUUCACUGUGCUAAUAUUAUAUGAUAAUUAUGUCCAUUUGUAGUGUAGACCUCUUCACUGUGCUAAUAUUAUAUGAUAAUUAUGUUCUGACCCACUGACUUUAACUCAGAAAACAAUUGUCCCGAAGCCAAACCUAGUUGACCAACCCUGUUUUAUAGUAUUCCAUGGCCUUUACUGGCCAACUGCUGUUAUGUUUAUGAUAUACUAUGGUGUUGUGUCACGAGACUUUGACCAGAUAUUAUUACAUCCAAAGAUCAACUGAACCUAGAACAUAGAUACAGAGACACUUGUCAUCAGGAAGGUUCUCUCUCAGCACAACGGAAAAUAUCUCAAUGACUUGACAUGUUCUGGUUGUGAAUUCAGGCUACAAGGGGACAGUUCUCUAAAAUGAGUCUCUCUGGGGAGAGAGAGGAGGGGGGCCCUGCCUCUAAAAUGCAUCUCUCUGGGGGACAUGACAUCAAAGCUAAGAGACCAAUCAAGCAGGAGAGACCAGCCUCCCCUGUUCCCAGCUGUGUGUCCAUGAAGAGUGACCGGUCUAUGGAACUUCCUAUAGUGUUUAGAGAGGGAUACCUUUCUACUGAACAAAGCCCAAUCAAGCAGGAGAGACCAGCCUCCCCUGUUCCCAGCUGUGUGUCCAUGAAGAGUGACUGGUCUAUGGAACCUCCUAUAGUGUUUAGAAAGGGAGACGUAUCUACUGAACAAAGACCAAUCAAGCAGGAGAGACCAGCCUCCCCUGUUCCCAGCUGUGUGUCCAUGAAGAGUGACUGGUCUAUGGAACAUGCUAUAGAGUUUAGAGAGGGAUACCUUUCUACUGAACAAAGACCAAUCAGGCAGGAGAGACCAGCCUCCCCUGUUCCCAGCUGUGUGUCCAUGAAGAGUGACUGGUCUAUGGAACAUCCUAUAGAGUUUAGAGAGGGAUACUUUUCUACUGAACAAAGAAACCAACAGGAGAGAUCAGAGUCAGAGAUUCUCAGUGGUCAGUCUUCCCAGAGUCAUCAAACAGACCUGGCCUCCAUAUUCAGUGUAUGUGGUCCUGUUAUAACGAGCUGA